AUGGAGAAACCAUCCUUUUUGGACCAAGAGCCGCCGGCAGGUUACGUACCAGGUAUUGGUCGUGGUGCUACAGGAUUUUCAACCAAGGAAAAGAGAAGGGUCUUUGAUGAUAAUGGAGGCAGAAAGAUACCAAAACGAUACCGCGAAGACAUCAGCUCUAAUCAAGAACGUCAAACUGAAAACGACGAAGAUGAGGAAGCUGCAAAAGUAUUUGAAAAGCUUGAGCUGAAAUUAGCACAAAAAAAAAAGAAAAGAAACAAUGGAAAUAACGAUAACGAUGAAGCUGAUGGCUCCGCUGUGAAAACGCAAUUUGCAGACCUGAAAGAAUCAUUAACUACUGUAACUGAGGAUGAAUGGAUGAACAUUCCAGACGCUACUGAUUUUACGAGACGGAACAAAAGAAAUAGAAUCCAAGAGCAACUAAACAGAAAGACUUAUGCUGCACCUGAUUCACUAAUACAGGGCAAUGUUGAUUUGAACAAAUUAACCGAAGAACGUGAAAAAUUGUUGCAAUCUCAAAUAGAUGCAAACAUUUCGGAAAUAACCAAGAAUGCUAUCGGUCAGGUCCAAGCAAAUAAAUCGAGUACUGCUACUAAUACGCUAAGCUAUUUGAAAGAUUUAGAAGACGACAGAGCAAAUUCUAUCUCAGACGCAGCAUUGGAAGAUCUGCAGAAAAUGCGGACUAUUUUAAAGUCAUACAGAAAGGCAGAUUCAACAAAUCCUCAGGGUUGGAUAGCCUCUGCCAGACUAGAAGAGAAGGCCAGGAAGUUUUCAGUAGCGAAAAAACUGAUCGAAAAUGGUUGCCAAGAGUGUCCCAAAAAUCCAGACGUUUGGCUAGAAAACAUUAGGUUACACGCGUCUGACGUUCAUUAUUGUAAGACUUUAGUAGCAACAGCGAUCAAGUUCAAUGCGACAUCCCCAUCACUUUGGUUCAAAGCCAUUGAUUUAGAAAGCACGACCAUUAACAAGUACAGGGUAGUAAGGAAAGCACUUCAAGAACUUCCUCGAGAUGAACAGUUAUGGAAAUUGGCUAUUAGUUUUGAAACUGAAAAAAUGCAAGCAUUGAAAAUUUUAGAAAAGGCCACUCGUCUGAUUCCACAAAGUAUGGACCUUUUAACUGCGUAUAUUAACCUCCAAAACUAUGAUGAUGCUAAGAAAACUUUGAAUUGCAGUAGGAAGGCUUUACCACAGGAACCAGAGAUUUGGGUCUUAGCUGCACUAUUAGAAGAAGGUAACAAUCCUAAUGUAGGUGUGAAUAGGUUGGUCGAUUUACUGAAGAAGGGUUUAUCAGAACUUUCCAAAAAUGGGUACAAAAUAACUUUAUCUACAUGGUUCGAUCGUGCAGAAGCUUUGAGUGAUACGCCUAAUUCAAAAUUGACAUGCGAGGCCAUUGUUUAUGCCUUGAUGGAAUUGCUUAAAGAAAGUACCGGUGAUAGUGAUGAAUUGAAAAACGUUGAUGAAACACUGGAAAAGAUGGCAGAUUCAAUGGUAAAAAUUGCUGUCUUGAAAAAACUUAUUCAAUGGGAUCCUUGUGACAUAGCGCUAUGGUCUAGACUAAAGACUGUUGCUGAAAACCAGAAUGAAAUCGAGCAAUUUUUAGUGUUCUUUCAAGAAUUAUUAUUUUCAUCCAAGGACAGUGAUUAUACGCGAUCAGUCAUUAUAGAAGAAAGCCCCAGUUUGUUUAUGAUGUAUGUGCACGAAUAUUGGAGGGCACAUAAGGGAGAUAUCGAACAGACACUAAAUGUAGUCGACCAAAUUAUAGGUUUUGUACCGAACCAUUUAGACGUGCGCUUCUUUAAGAUAAAACUUUUAGGCCAAUCGUCACAAUUUGAUAAAAUGCAAGAGUUCUUCCUUCAGUCUUUUAAAGCCUUAAGUGAUUCCCAUGUAAAUGGCAUAGAACGUUUGUAUUAUAAAUACGUUAACUUUCUACGGUAUCAAGGACUUACGGGCCAAGCUAUUGAAAUUUUGAAAGAAAAAUGUUCAAGUGGUUUUCGUAAUUGUCACAAGUUUUUCUUACAGCUGGGUCAAAUUUACCAUUCCGUCGGCAAUAUCGAGUUAGCUAGACAAACAUAUUUAUCAGGGACAAGGGAAAUCCCCAACUGUCCUUUGUUAUGGGUAUCGUUAUCAAAAAUUGAUGAAAUAGAUCUCAAAAAUCCAAUAAGGGCAAGGUCCAUUUUAGAUAGAGGACUUUUGAAAAACGGUAAUGACGCAUUAUUUUACAUCGCGAAAGUUCAAAUGGAGAUAAGACUUGGAAACUUAGAUCAGGCAGAGUUGCUCACAAUUCAGGCAUUACAACAUUUUCCAAACGAUGCACUAGUUUGGGUUGAACGAAUCAAGUUGUUGAACUAUGGGAAGAAAAGUUCAUCGAGAAAGACCAUUUUUCAAGACGCAUUGAAAAAAACGCAAAAUGACCAUAGGGUUCUUUUGGAAAUUGGAAUAUCUUUCUACAGAGAAACUCAGUAUCAAACAUCAUUAAAAUGGUUAGAAAGAGCAAUGAGGAAAUCCCCCAUUUAUGGGGACUCAUGGGUUUGGUUAUUCAGAACAUACGCAAAAUUGAAAAAAGAUCCCGCUGAGCUUUAUAAGUUGUUUGACCAAUAUGAACCAAUUUACGGGCCCGAAUGGAUAGCUGUUGCUAAACAUGUAAAAACGCAAUAUUAUACACCAAGAGCGAUUCUAUCGCACUUAAUUGACAAAAAAUAA